CCGCACACUCUGUCUGCAUCGACUCACGAGGCCUGUGUGGCUUAGGUGCUAGCUACUAGCUACUAAAUCUCUACUACUAUCUACCUUGCUCUUUGAUCACAUACAAGCUCAUGUUUGGUGCCAUUUGCGCCGGCAGACCCGUCCAAACCAACCUCGUCCAAGUCGACCAAAACAAGUUUGUCUUUUCCCUACCCGACGCUGCAUCCAUCAACCACAUCACCGUCUUCCUCUUACCUGAACAGCCCUUCCCUGAGGGUUACGCUGCUACAGUCUUCUUCUCCUGGCCAGGAAAGGACUUCCAAUUACUAGGUGGAUUGAGUAAUGCAAAGCCUUCUGCCAUUUUCAAAGUGAAGCAACAGCCCAAUACCUCAGGACUCCAACAAGGUCCCGUAGAAGCGGCACUGGGUAUCUCCAUUGAACCCAUCCAAGCCGUCGAGUCACAAGUCACGGCCAUGAAACAGGCUGCUGUUGCCGGACAGACUUCUACGGCCGUGGCGGUAGCGCCUCCGAACGCUGCUGUUCUGACAGGUCGUGUUGUGCGCAACUUGUACAACUUUCUCUCUGGCUAUACGGUGGAUGCGAACCAGUUGAAUGCUAAUGAACAAUUCGUGCCGUUGAGGGCAUUUCAGGAAUGGCAUAGCAAGUUUAUGAGCCGGAUACAGAAGGAUGCGUCUUUCUUGGAGCAGGAUCAAGAGUAGUGCUGGUUUGGUUGCGCUCCAGUAACAGUACCGUCUAUACUCAUACAACAUGUUACGAGCCAAAACUUUCCAUGUAUGACUAGAUUGCAAGAAUAAAGAGGACGAGGAGCUACAGAGAGGUCAACCUUAUUAAGCGUGUGUUCUUUGUGUGCCAUCUCGAGAGCGCAUGGAGUGUUCGAAUACGCAUGGGUGUCCUUCUACUAAACUCAAAUCGUAGAUGGUUAAUCGGAGGGAACAAGUAUGGCUCUGAAUCUUGCUGAGGAUGUAGAGUAGCCUAUACCCUACCAGACCAAAAGAAGCAA